AUAAAUCAAUUUACUUUCUGUUACAGCGUGAGGAGUGUGAUGCACAAACAUCUAGAAGCAAAAAAUGAUGUUAACUUUGAUAAAAUAUUUAACCAAAUGUUAGGGUACCUUUUAUUUAAAGAAUUUUGCGAGACUGUAUCAGAGGAACCAGUUCCUCAGCUUAGGUUUUACGAAGAGAUAAAGGCGUACGAAAAACUAGAAGCCCCAGAAGAAAGAAGAAAACUCGCACGAGAGAUAUACGACAACUUUAUAAUGAAAGAACUCCUGGCGCAUUCACAUGAAUACUCAACAGAUGCUGUCUCUCAUGUACACAAAUAUCUAAUGAAGAAUGAGGUGCCUGUUAAUUUGUUUGAGCCAUACAUCGAGGAAAUUUUCAAUCACUUAAGAGGGGAGCCAUUCAAAAAGUUCCUGGAGAGUGAAAAGUACACGCGUUUUUGCCAAUGGAAAAAUCUCGAGCUAAAUAUUCAGUUGACAAUGAACGACUUCAGCGUGCAUCGCAUAAUAGGAAGGGGCGGCUUUGGCGAGGUUUACGGAUGCCGCAAGGCCGAUACAGGAAAAAUGUAUGCGAUGAAGUGUCUCGAUAAAAAACGUAUCAAGAUGAAGCAGGGUGAGACACUUGCACUCAACGAGAGGCUAAUUGGUACACACGGAUAUAUGGCCCCUGAGGUGCUGUCAAAAGGAACGACAUACGAUUCUAGUGCUGAUUGGUUUUCCUUUGGCUGCGUGCUCUACAAACUGCUCAAGGGUCACAGUCCAUUCAGACAACACAAGAUUAAAGAUAAAAAUGAAAUCGAUCGAAUGACAUUGACGAUGAAACUUGGUGGUCCAUUCGCAAGCGCUUGGCAGACGCGAUACGCAAAAUUAUAUCCCAAUAGACUAGAAUUACAUCCAGAGUCAACUACAAAACCUGAGCUUGUUAUUCUAGAUCAAGUAGAAGAAGUAAGUGCUGAUUUACAGCAUGUUAAAGGUGAACAAUGCAUUGUUGUACGUACCCGUGAUGCUAAAAUAGUCCUCACUAAU